AUGCCUCGCUUCGACGAUGCUGACUUCGCCGUGGACGCUGCCCCUGCUCCGGGUGCUCGCUCCCCCCGCGAUGCUCGUGGUAGCGCUGCUGGCUCUCUGCCCAUCCCCAAUGAUGCUGGCAACACUGUCGAGAUCCCCGCUACUCGCAGCUCCAUCAGCGAUGCUGCUCAGUACAUGCACAACCUGAGCUUUGCUCCCUCCUCCCGGGACCGUCGUGGCUCCCGCAACUCCUUUGGCACUUCCCUGCCCAUCCCCAGAUCUCCCCGUGUCUCUCGUCUUUCCUCGGUGGUCACUGCGGAUGUUUCCCGCGACAUCCUGGCCUCUCAGGUCCAGGACAUGUCCAAGGAGAAGGUCGCUGCCGCCAAGAACAUGGCCUUCGCUUUCGAUAUCGAUGGUGUCCUGGCCCACGGUAACGAGGCCAUUCCGGAGGCCAAGGAGGCCCUCGCCAUGCUCAACGGUGACAACGAGCUGGGCAUCAAGAUCCCCUACAUUCUCCUGACCAACGGUGGUGGUAAGACCGAGGACGAGCGCUGCGCCCAGCUCACCGAGGUCCUUGGUUGCCCCAUCUCCACCGACCAGUUCAUCCAGUCUCACACCCCAAUGCAGGCGUUGGCCGAGUACUACGAGACCGUCCUGGUCUGCGGUGGUGAGAAGCAGAAGAUUCGCAAGGUCGCUGAGAACUACGGCUUCAAGAACGUCAUCCACCCUAAGGAUGUUCUCGCCUGGGACCCCACCAUCUCCCCCUGGGGCUGCUUCCACGAGGAGGACCGUCUCGAGGCCAAACCCCGCGACUUCUCUAAGAUCAAGUUCGAUGCUAUCCUGGUGUUCGCUGACUCGCGCGACUACGCCACUGACAUGCAGCUCAUCAUGGACCUCCUCCUGGCCGAGGACGGAAAGCUGCUGACCCGCGCCAAGGACCCCGUUGCUUCCCGCAUCCCGGUCUACUUCUCCCAGGGUGACCUGGUCUUCCCUACCGACCACAAGGGUCCCCCCCGUCUGACCCAGGGUCUCUUCCGUAUCUCCAUUGAGGCUCAGUACAAGGCCCUCACCGGUGUCGACCUGGAGCGUGUCGUCUACGGCAAGCCCGAGCGCGCCACCUACACCUACGCCGAUGAGGUCAUGAAGGCCUGGAUGGAGCAGAUCCACAACGAGAACCGUCUGCCCGAGAACAUCUACAUGGUCGGUGACAACCCGGCCUCCGACAUCUGCGGUGGUAACAUGCACGGCUGGAACACCUGUCUGGUGCGCACCGGUGUCUUCCAGGGCAAGGACAACGACGACAACAACCCGGCCAACUUCGGUGUCUUCCCCAACGUCCUGGAGGCCGUCAAGUCUGCCGUCCGCAAGGAACUCGGCCAGGACUUCAAGUUCAAGUGGAACCCCAAGGUCAACCCCGUCCUCCACGGCGACGGUGCCUCUGCUGUCGAGUAA